UUGAAUUUUUUUCAUGGUAUGAUCGGCAAAAGGGUGAAUUUUACCUUGCACGCCUUGCAUUUUCAGUGCCGUUUUGCCUGUUGGUCAUACCUAUUUGUUUCUCGGCAAUUUGCCAGUGGGCGGACUUGAAAGAACGGUUGGAAUUUGAAAUUACAAGUAGACACGGGGUCCAAACAAGCCCCAAUUCGCUUUUUUUCCUCGUUGGCGUCGGUCGGUGCUCGUCCGUGUUUGUCCGGAUUAUAGGAGAAUAUAGGAGAAUUAUAGGAGGAAAUAACAAUUAAAUAUUGCUAAUCGAGGGGCCGUAAUUCGGCUCGAAAACAGUGCAGUGGUAGUGAGUGUUACGUGUUGUGUUCCACCCCCGCCCCUGUCCACGUUCCGUAGAAGAAUAAUUUGUGCAACAACGGUAAAGAUUGCCAAGAAAUAUUCGCAACCAAACAAACAACGAGAAGAGCAAGCAAAAAGCGAAAAGUGAUCAAACGGUUCUUCAACGUCUCUUUUCGCCUCUCUUGGAGAAACCGAAGCGUGGGAGACGACCACCGAGGAUCGGCAUCCAUACCAGAACAUAACGGUUCGCGCGAACGACACAAAUGCAAACGACACACGGAAGAAGAGCCACAAAAAAGCUAAGAAACACAACAGAAAGAGUGCGGUGAUAUAGAAAACAGCAAAUAUCGGAACAUUGAUCUGAAUCAGUAUCAGAAUAUUCGUGGACCAGAGUGAGAUAGAAGAAGCAGCGCUGGCUUCAAUGCAACUUCGCGUGCACCCUACUAUGGACUGUAGCGGUCGUUCAAAUAGCAAUAUUGAACGUGAUUCCGAUUUGGGAGACGAUCUGUCACAUGGUGAUCGAACGGACGACGAGAUGCGCGACUGUGACUCCGUGGAGGGAGAGCAUCAUCAGCUGAGCGCCAAGGCGGCGAUUGCUGCCAGACUCAGUCACACAGCGGCCGGCGGAGGCGGAGGCCACAACUUUGCCAGUCCCGAUCAGCAGACAGAACUGCCACUAAGCCAUCACCAUCAGCUGCCGCCUAAUCAUCCGCUCAAUGCGCUGGGCAGCUUCAUGGGCAUCGGGGGACUACAUAGCAUUCCAAAUCUGCAGCACAGCGACGUCCUGGAGAAGCUCAAGAUGCAGGUGCGCGACAUGAAGGUGGGACUAAUGGAACAGGACUAUGCGGCCGCCGCCCAUGCGGCAGCCUUCGGGGCCAAUAUGCUGCCCACGACGAUUAGCCCGGGCUUCACCCUGCCCCACAAUUCGGUGGCAGCGGCAGCGGCGGCAGCCUCCUUUGGGCAUGUGGCCUCGGCGCCCACCGCCAGCAAUGGCGGCAGCUACAACGGGGGUGUCAUGGGAGGAGGCACCACCACCACACCAAGUUCGGGCAACAAUCCAGCCACCAAUGGAGGCAGCCACUCCGUUUCCAACAACAACAACAACAGUAGCAGCGGAGGAGGAGGAGGUGGAGGAGCUGGACCAGGAGGAGGCACAGGCGGAGGACAUCCCUUCUCGUUUGCAUCGCCCACAGCGGUGGCAGGCGGUGGCGGCAAAGAAGCCCGCCACUUUGCAGCUAAUUCCGCAUCGAACUCAUCGACGUCCAGCGAGGCAUCGAAUUCAUCGCAGCAGAAUAAUGGAUGGAGCUUUGAAGAGCAGUACAAACAAGUCAGACAGCUCUACGAAAUCAAUGACGAUCCCAAGCGCAAGGAGUUCCUCGAUGAUCUGUUCUCGUUUAUGCAAAAGCGCGGCACGCCCAUCAAUCGGCUGCCCAUUAUGGCCAAGUCCGUGCUGGAUCUCUACGAGCUGUACAAUCUGGUGAUUGCGCGCGGCGGCCUCGUCGAUGUGAUCAACAAGAAGCUGUGGCAGGAGAUCAUCAAGGGACUGCAUCUGCCGUCGAGCAUCACCAGUGCAGCGUUCACCCUGCGGACCCAAUACAUGAAGUAUCUGUACCCGUACGAGUGCGAGAAGAAGAACCUAAGCACACCGGCCGAGCUGCAGGCGGCCAUCGAUGGCAAUCGUCGGGAAGGACGCCGCUCCAGCUACGGCCAGUACGAGGCCAUGCACAACCAGAUGCCCCUGACGCCCAUUUCGCGCCCCUCUCUGCCGGGUGGCAUGCAGCAGAUGUCGCCGCUGGCUUUGGUCACCCAUGCAGCAGUGGCUAACAAUCAGCAGGCCCAGGCAGCAGCCGCCGCCGCGGCCGCACAUCAUCGACUGAUGGGUGCCCCGGGAUUCGGCCAGAUGCCCAAUCUCGUCAAGCAGGAGAUCGAGAGCCGCAUGAUGGAGUAUCUGCAGCUCAUCCAGGCCAAGAAGGAUCAGGGAAUGGCGCCAGUCCUGGGCGCCACACAUCCCCACCAGCAGCACCAACACCAACACCAGCAACAGCAGCCACCGCCACAGCAGCAGCAGCAUCUCCUCCAGCAACAACAGCAGCAGCAGCAGCGGCAGCGAUCACAGAGUCCGGACAUCAGCAAGCACGAUGCGCUCAGCGCACAGGUGGCACUCUGGCACAUGUACCACAACAACAACAGUCCACCGGGAUCGGCACACACCUCCCCGCAGCAACGCGAAGCCCUAAACCUCUCAGACUCUCCACCGAAUCUCACAAAUAUCAAAAGAGAACGCGAACGAGAGCCUACGCCAGAGCCCGUGGAGCAGGACGACGGACCGCACCACCCACCGCCUGCUAAACGAGGAGGCAGCAGCCUCCUGCCGCCCGGUUUCCCCGCCAAUUUCUAUCUGAAUCCACACAACAUGGCCGCCGUGGCGGCGGCAGCGGGCUUCCAUCAUCAGGCGAACAGCGGCCAUGGAGGACACCAGCACCAGCAGGACGCCGCCUCCGAGGGGGAGCCCGAGGACGAGUACGGCCAUGCAGAGCACAACACCACGGGCAACUCCUCGUCCAUGCACGACGACGGCGAGGCCCAACAGAUGAACGGACACCACCAUCACCACCACCAGAGCCAUCAGCUGGACAAGUCGGAUGACUCGGCCAUCGAAAACUCGCCCAGCACAUCCACCACCACCGCCUCGGUGGGGCAUCGCCACAGUUCGCCGGUGUCCACCAAGAAGAAGAGCGGCAAGGCGGCCCAGGCCAGUGCCAAGGAUCAGCCGGAGGAGAAGUGUGGCGGUAGCUCUAAAAUGAAUCCACUGGAUACGCUGAGCCUACUCUCGGGCAUGCAGUUCCAGGUGGCCAGGAAUGGAACUGGCGAAAAUGGAGAGCAGCAGCUUAUUGUCAAUCUCGAGCUGAAUGGCAUCAAGUACUCGGGUGUCCUGGUGGCGAAUGCACCAAUAACACAGGCAUCGACCGGGAGAACGGGAUCGCCAUGCCCCGAGCCAGCGGGCGAUGACGAGGAGGAUGAGGAAGAGGAGGAUUCGCAUGCCGUGGACGAGGAGGAGGCUCAACAACGUUCGCCAGUCAAGGAAGAGGCCAACGAGGAGACAGACCAGGAUAUGGACACCAGUUCUGCUGCUGCUGCCAUUGUGAAUGGUAGCGGGGGGACAGUGGGGCAGGGAGUGGGUGCUGCCGGUGUGGGUAUCUCCCUGCUGAAAGAUGCGGUGCUCAGUUCGUAGGUCAGCCGGGAAAAGUAUCGAGAGAGGAAUACCAAAGUCAUAUUUUUCAGAAAAAUACAAAAGAAGUAAAACUCACACAAGCACACAGAUGCACAGAUCCAGAACUUAUAUGUAUAUACACACACACACACACACACACACACACAGAAAAAACACUUAUGCAUUCGCAUACACAAACGCAUACACCGUAGGAGAUAGAAGUGAAAUAUAAGAUGAAAUAAUGCAUCCAUUGUUCAGUCGGAACCACAGAGCGGCAUUACAAAGAGGCAGAAUCGAAUCAAAAUGGUUCGAAUCAAUCGUUUUAUGUAUGUGUAGCAUACCCCCCAACACCCCACACCCACACCCACACCAGCAUAGCACCGCUCUUAGACUAACCUAACCGCAGCAUGUAGAAGAUCAUAUAAAUAAUAUAAUAUAUAAAGAACGAAGUAUAUAAGAUAUAUGUAUGUAUGUAUGUAUGUCUGUUCAAUUUCCACAUUUGCAUAAAAGACAAGCUGGCGAGCAUGUAUUUACUGAUAGAUCAUAGACAUAAGCAAGCAUCGAUAAAGGAAUAUAUCCAUAGAUAAACAUAGGCUAGGAUACGCGAACGCAUACGCAUAGGGCAUAGGCUUCCCAGAAAUGAGUUUUUAGUUUGUUUUUAGUAUGAAGUUUGUUUUAUCCUUAUAAAUUUCAUCACCCCUCUCACCUUAAAGAAAAUCAUUAUUUUGUGUUAGGCUUGAAAGCUUCCUCCUGUACAUAUCAAUCAAUAUGUAGUCUGUACACAACACACACACACACACACACAUCUACUAUAUAUAUAAAUAUAUAUCUUUGGAUAAUUAUAAGAACACAUUCAUAAACACACACACACACAUAGAAACACACACAAACAUAUCCAUUAUGACCACAUUGAGUAUGCAUCAUCAUAGACAUAUAUUAGAUGUAGAGCCUAAACAAGUAAUAUUGUAAGUAUAAAUGUAUUUGUCGUAAAAUUAAAUUGCGCUCUUGGCCCGAAAACAACAGA